AUUGCUUCCGCGUUCCGGUUGCGGAUGGUGAGUGUGUUGGGGGGCUUGGCGGCUUUUCUCGUCAGUUUUCUGAAGCGCUUUGGAGAGAGGAAGUUAUGGAGGCUUUCCUUGGCAUGUCAGGAUUUCCUGUUAGCUCUCCGCCCCUUCCGCCCCAACACACGGUCUCUGCAGCCUCUGCUUUGGGGAAUCGUGGAAAUUUGUGGGUAGGUUUGAUAUCUGUCAUGUGAUGCUAUACCAGUGUCAGGUUGGAAGGACUAUGGCAGCCAGGGACGCCACUUCAGGCAGCUUGUCAGAGGAGAGCAGUGCUUUGGACCUGCCAUCAGUGUGUGACAUAAGAGAUUAUGUCCUGCAGAGACCCAGCCAAGAAGCCAACAGCGAGGCUUUCAGUUCUUUGGAAUUCCAUUCUCUUCCUUGUUCUUCUGAUGUGGAUCCAGAUACCAGUAACCUAAAUACAGAACAAAAUAACUCCUGGACCUCCGAGAACUUCUGGCUUGACCCUGCUGUGAAAGGCCAGUCAGAGAAGGAAGAGGAUGAUGAGCUUCGGAAAUCCCUGGAUAGAUUCUAUGAAAUGUUUGGCCAUCCACAGCCAGGCUCUGCGAACUCACUGUCUGCAUCUGUCUGCAAGUGCCUGUCUCAGAAAAUCACUCAACUAAGAGGCCAGGAGAGCCAAAAGUAUGCUCUCCGCAGUUUUCAAAUGGCCCGGGUCAUCUUCAACCGGGACGGCUGCUCAGUCUUACAGAGGCAUUCCAAGGACACCCACUUCUAUCCACUGGAGGAAGGAAGUAUAUCUUUGAAUGAUGAAAAGCCAAACCCAGGACUGUCAAAAGAUAUUAUUCAUUUCCUCUUGCAGCAGAAUGUAAUGAAAGACCUGUAACUGGUGCCGGGCGGUGUGCAGGCUAGUAAUGGAGGUGCUGUGCCAUGGCCAGCACUGUUGGUGGCCACCCAGAUCCCCUAGGGUCCCUGGCCAGCUCUGUGUGCCCAAUCCCAAUUAAGUGCUUUGUGGUUAAAGGCUGGCACCUGUGACCUGGUACUGGAGCCAGUCAGCCCAUAUGGAGAGCCAGCAGGGUCUGGGAGUUCUCUGUCCCCAUGGUCACCCCACCCCCCACUCCCCUUGGCCAAGGCCACUGACUGACUGGGCUAUGAGUCAAAAGCCCAGCUCCCUUGCCUCAAGGAAGGACAUUCUCUGAGGCGUAAUUUAUGCUCUAGAGCUCCCUUUCCUUGAGAUCAGCCUGAGGCUGGGACGUUACAUGAAAUCACGCCCUUGCUGGGCUUAAUCCCUUUCCCUAUCCUCCUCCCAUUUAUUUACUGGUGUCUCUGGGAGCCUUUCCUGAAUAAACCUCUUAUAUCUGAAUCCUUAACUCAGAGUCUACUUCUGGGAGAAUUCAACCUGAGAGAACAUGCUUCUGUGAGAUGAGGUUUUAGAAGGAUACAAAGCUCUACACUGAAUCAGGUAUAAGAAAUUAUAUCAAGUUGUAAAACUGACACCAUGUAAGUGAGAAUACAUGUCCUAAAAUAAUAUAAAGAUUGAAAUACAGUUUAGAAAAGCAUAUCACAUCUUGAUCACACCCUUGCCUCCUCUCCAAAGCUAGAAAUCCGUGUUUUAUCAUACUAACUGGGUGUGGAGGGAACAUUUGGACAAUCUAAAAUAACAGCUAAAAUUCACAAUUUAAAAAAAAAUCUCUUUGUCUCUUAGAUUGCAAAUGUGAAAGGUGAGAAGAUAACAAACGUGCACCACCCACCACAGUAUAUGUAAGCACUAUUAUGAUAUGCUAGGCUGAUGCCAUGUGGCCUUGUCAAGUUGUAGUUGAAGAGAAUAAAUAAUCCUUUGCCCAGGUGGGGCCCUA